UGGUAGUGGAGUGGUGGGGAGGGAACCGUGCAGUCCGUCUCGAGUAAGUCGUAGUGUGAGGUUUAGUGUCGUAUAGUAAUCAGCAUAAGAAUAAAUGGAAUCAUGUUUGAUCACACAACACAACGUAUGAUUCUUAGAUGGACAUUUUUAAUGUUGGUGUGUGUUGCCACAGGCGGACUGCUCGGAUGUAACGCGCUCAACUGGUGCUACUACCUCCACCCCUGCUUCUCGGCCUUCCAGCCCACCACGGCGUUCUGCGGCAUAGACAGUGCCCGGGGGGAGGGCCGCAUCUUCCGCAACUAUUGCGAGUUCAAGCGGCACAACACGUGCUACCAGACUAACUACAUUCCGACGUUCCGCAAGGCAUGCUUCGUCCGGUACCCGUACACAAGGGACGACUACGCGUUUAUGGUGAAGCCUCGCUUUGAUAUGGGCGCUGUUAACAAGAAUAAAGGUUGAUCCAUGAUACAACCGUACCGGAAGAGGAACGAGGAUUCUUCAAAUUGAGUGAACAGCCUGAGUGUCCAGGGAGUGGUAUAGUGUUUAGAAGAGUGUCUCAUUUCCUAUGUCAAUAUUUAUACAAAUUUAAAGAAAAAAUUAAAUUAAAAAUGUAAAUACUCACUUAAGACCUGAAUAUAUUACUUAAUAUUC